UAGUGUUCUCUUUGGCCGAAGCUCAGUGCGCAAUAUUAAAGCCCUAUGAUCAUAGAUAGUUAACACAUUUUAAAUAAAAGACUGUAGCAAAGCAAGCUGUUAGACGGUAGUGUGGUAGUGUUUGUGACGUAAGAAGAGAGAAGAGUGGAACAAUAGUGUGACAAAUGGCCUCCUGUGGAUCAGUACUCGGUUCGGCAGAGGACGAUGAGCUGACCUUGCCUCGAGCAUCCGUCAAUAAAAUCAUAAAGGAAAUACUGCCCAAUGUCCGUGUGGCAAACGAGGUCCGGGAACUGAUCUUACAUUGCUGCCGUGAGUUUAUACACCUGUUGUCAUCUGAAGCAAACGAAAUAUGUAAUCAGCGACAAAAGAAGACCAUCAAUGCUGAGCACGUGUUACAAGCACUGGAUCGACUGGGGUUUGGCGACUACAGGGCAGAAGCGGAGGAGGUUCUGAAAGACUGCAAGGCUGUUGCAGCUAAGAGGCGGCGUCAGAGCACACGCCUGGAGCACCUCGGCAUACCGGAGGAGGAACUGUUGCGGCAACAGCAGGAACUUUUUGCAAAGGCACGUGAAGAACAGGUAGCAGCUGAACAGGCACAAUGGCAACAUUUCCAAGCUGCUGUACAAUUGGCGACAAUGCAACAGCAGCAACAGGAUGAUGAUCUGGAUGAGGACUACUGAGAGCACACCGUUGAUACUAUCUGUAACAGUUACCAGGCUGCCGGCUCGCAUCGUUUGGAAGUAUUACAACCGCAUCUAAUGUAACUGGGAAGUGGAAUGAAUAGUAUAUCUCUGCAAUUAACAAUAAAAAUGUUAAGCUUGA